CAAUCACUAAGGCACUAGCUGGGUGUGAAGUGCUUUGUGGAGGUUUUGCAGUAGCCCUGAGGGGUCCGCCUGCACUGCUGGCGUUGGUGUGGUUGAGGCCUGGCAGUCAGCCAAGGCAAAAUGAGAGAGCUGCAUUCGUGAGUUGACCCGGAAGCCUGUAUUUGUGACAAGGAGAGAAUUAGAUUUGCUUCUGUUUCCUGUCUUGCACCUGGCCCUGCUGUGCCCAAGUGUGUAUGGGUUGAGUGAUGGAGUAAGGAGACACCUCAGGCCUCUUCCAAUGCUUGCGAUUGAUUAAAUGUGUUGUUUUUAUUUUCUAACAUUGAUUUAUUUAUUUGAAAGGUGGAGAGACAGAGAGAAAGAUCUAACAUUCAUUGCUUCACUCCCCAAAUGCCAACAAUAGUCAGGGCUGAGCCAGGCUGAAGCCAGGAGCCUGGAACACUAUCGGUCUCCCACAUGGGUGGCAGGGGCUCAGGCACCUGGGCCGUCCUCCACUGCCUUCCCAGCACAUGAGCAGAGAGAGCUGGAUCAGAGUAGAAGUAGCCAGGAUGGAGGCUUAACCCGCUGCGCCACAAGGCUGGCCCGUUUCUUGCAUUUAUCCCAGCUGGUCGACCUCAGUGAGUCUCAUCCAGAGACAUUUGUAAACAAGAGGAAUUUUGUUGUCAGAGACUAAAAGGAGGUUGCCCAUAAUUGCCUUUCAACAGCACACAGUAAAACCCUGAGGUCCUCAGCUCCGCCUUUCUUGCUCUGAGAAUUGGAAAACCAAGAAGGGUUGAUGUUUUGUGUGGCGACACCUGAAUUGGACACCAAGAUGAACAUCACCAAAGGAGGGCUGGUAUUGUUUUCAGCGAAUUCGAACGCGUCGUGCAUGGAGCUCUCCAAGAAAAUCGCCGAGCGGCUGGGAGUGGAGAUGGGCAAGGUGCAGGUCUACCAGGAGCCGAACCGAGAAACAAGAGUACAAAUCCAGGAAUCUGUGAGAGGGAAGGAUGUGUUCAUCAUCCAGACCGUGUCCAAGGACGUGAACACCACCAUCAUGGAGCUGCUGAUCAUGGUGUACGCAUGCAAGACGUCCUGUGCCAAGAGCAUCACCGGCGUGCUCCCCUACUUCCCCUACAGCAAGCAGUGCAAGAUGAGGAAGCGGGGCUCCAUCGUCUCCAAGCUGCUGGCCUCCAUGAUGUGCAAAGCCGGCCUCACGCACCUCAUCACUAUGGAUCUGCACCAGAAGGAGAUCCAGGGCUUCUUCAACAUCCCCGUGGAUAAUUUACGAGCCUCUCCCUUCCUGCUGCAGUACAUUCAGGAGGAGAUCCCGGAUUACAGGAACGCUGUCAUCGUGGCCAAGUCUCCAGCCUCGGCCAAGAGGGCACAGUCCUUCGCGGAGCGGCUGCGCCUGGGAAUCGCGGUGAUCCACGGAGAAGCGCAGGACGCCGAGUCGGACCUGGUGGACGGCCGGCACUCGCCGCCCAUGGUCCGGAGCGCGGCCGCCAUCCACCCCAGCCUGGAGAUCCCCAUGUUGAUUCCUAAGGAGAAGCCCCCGAUCACGGUGGUUGGUGACGUGGGCGGAAGGAUCGCCAUCAUUGUGGAUGACAUCAUCGAUGACGUUGACAGUUUUCUUGCUGCCGCAGAGACCCUGAAAGAAAGAGGCGCCUACAAGAUCUUCGUGAUGGCCACGCACGGCUUGUUGUCGUCCGACGCCCCCCGGCUGAUCGAGGAGUCGGCCAUUGAUGAGGUGGUGGUGACCAACACGAUCCCCCACGAGAUCCAGAAGCUGCAGUGCCCCAAGAUUAAGACGGUGGACAUCAGCCUGAUCCUGUCGGAAGCCAUCCGCCGCAUCCACAACGGCGAGUCCAUGUCCUACCUUUUCAGAAACAUCGGCCUGGACGACUGAGCGGCUGAGCGGCCUGCCUCCGCGCCUGCCGGGCCGCGCCGGAAAGGCAGCCCGGAGCUGCACUUCCGGGGCGGGAGCCGCCCCGCCCCGCGCCCGCUCCGGGAUUCCCACCAACAUAGAGCAGCCUUUCAUGUCAGCUUGGGUACUUAUGAGUUUUGCAGGCAAUCUUUGUAUAAAAGAAAAAAAAAAAAAACACCUUGAUUUUCCUCUUAAAUAAGUAAGUUAUGACCGGGUAGUUUUUAGUUUGCUAAAAAAAAAUAAUAAUAAUAAUAAUAGCACUUGGAAUAAGAUUUUUAAGCUCACAAGCAGUUUUUUUUUUCCCCCUCCGAAGUGCUUAGAAAAGUGAAUCCCAUAAAACAGCAGAGGAGAAGCCAAAAGGACUGAUUAUCCUGUGCGAUCCGGAAUGACUUUUCUAGACAGGUGUGCGGACCACGUGGGCGUAUUUAUUUUCUGCAACCGAAGAAGGAACAGAACCUUACCUGUGUGUGUGUGGACGUGCGUGUGUUAAAAUUUUGUGUUUGGGCAAUGGUUUUCUACAAUAAAACGGAGGCUGAGUCUGCGUGGUGGACG